AUGUCGGUGGGCGGGAAACACGUCAAACUGUAUCUCCGCGAGUACGCCGGCGAAGAGGAGCGGCCGCCGUGCCGAGACGAAUGGCGUCGGCAGGAGUGGUCGCGCGGCCGCCUUCCCCAGGUGGACCGCAGUCCCAGCCGCCGCAGUCCCUACCUCCAGCGCGAUGACGAACCCUCCCCGGCGCCGGACGAGCGCGGCCGGUCCGCCUCGGCCGGCGCCCACCAUCGAGCCAGACCCAGGCCACUCCGCUACCAGUCCCUAGAACGAGAUUACGACCGCUCGUACGCCCCGCCACCGCCCCCUGAAGAUGACUACUAUCGCCGAGAACCGCCACCGCUCUUCCUCGGCGAACUACAAUCCCAAAACUCCGACCUACAGCGCGAACUUGGCAACUUGAAAAAGGAACUCGAACUGACAAACCAGAAAUUAGGAUCCAGCAUGCAUAGUAUAAAGACGUUCUGGAGUCCAGAACUGAAAAAGGAACGAGCGCUACGGAAAGAGGAAAGCGCGAAAUACAGCCUUAUUAACGAUCAGCUCAAAUUGCUCAAUCAGGAGAAUCAGGUCAGUGGUUUGCAUUGA